UGCCCCUCAACCUGGUAUCGUUCCAGGCCGAGAUCUUCGGUGACUCGUCAAACUCGACUCGCACGAACGUUCGAGGUGCAAGACUACACGGCUUUCUUGGUGAACCCUACCGCUCCCCACCGAUUCCGCGUCCGAGAGACCACGAGCACCUUCAAAACCCCAAUCGACCCAAAAAUGGCUGACCCUGCAGCGAACGCGACCCCCCCUCCGGCGGAGACUCCAGCUGCGGCUCCUGCUGCCGGGGUUGGUGAGGAAGGCGGCAUCUCCAAGAAGGCUGCCAAGAAGGCAGAAGCCAAGGCCAAGAAGGAGGCAGAGAAGGCUCGCCGCGCCGCCGAACGGGCUGCUGCGGCUGCAGCGUCCAGUUCGGCGGCCCAGGCUGAAGAUCUCGCCAAAGACAACUACGGCCAGGAGACUCACGAGACAAAGCUCUCCCCUGACGUGAUCGAGAUCAACCUGAAGACCCUCGGCGAGGAGCAUGUGGGCAAGACGGUCGAGCUGCGCGCUUGGCUCCAGAAUGCACGCAUGCAGGGCGCCAAGAUGGCCUUUGUUGAGUUGCGCGAGGAGGGUAACUGGUCGAUCCAGGGUGUCGUGGCGGCCAACCCGGAGGGCACUCCCGUCAGUCGGCAGAUGGUCAAGUGGGUGGGCGCUAUCAACCCGGAGAGCUUCGUCGUCGUCGAGGCCAAGGUCCAGAAGCCCCUCGAGCCCGUCAAGAGCUGCCGCGUCUCCAACUACGAGCUGCACAUCACCAAGUGCUUCGUCCACGCCGCCGCGCCGAACGUUCUGGGCAUGACGCUUGCCGCGGCGAACCGACCGAUCGCCAACUUCAGUGACGAGGAGCCGCCCGUCGAGCAGGAGGUUGAGAAGCUCAGCAUCGCCGGCGAGGGCCCGGGCAUCCCGGCUGCCACCAUGCUUACCCAUCUUGACAACAUUGUCAUGCAUAAGCGAUCGGCCGUGCAGCAGGCCAUUGCCGACAUUCGCGCGGAGAUGAAGGAGCUAUACCGUUCCUACCUCAGAUCUCACGGCUUCAAGGAGUUUGAGCCCCCGUGCCUCAUUGGCGCCGCGUCCGAGGGCGGCGCCAAUGUGUUCCGCUUGCCCUACUUCGAAAAGGACGCCUACUUGGCGCAAUCUCCACAGUUCUACAAGCAGAUUGAGAUCGCGGGCGGGCGAAAGCGGGUGUUCAGCAUUGGCCCUGUUUUCAGAGCCGAGAACUCCAACACGCCGAGGCACAUGACCGAGUUCACUGGUCUUGAUAUGGAGAUGGAAAUCAAGAAGGAUUAUCACGAGGUUGUGUACAUGCUUGAAGGUGUCCUGCUGUACAUGUUCCGCGAGAUCAAGGAGCGCUGCCGCGACGAGAUCGCGCUCGUCCGCUCCGUAUACCCGGCCGAGGAAUUCCUCCUCCCGGAGCCGGGCAAGGAGGUCCGGCUGACCUUCGCCGAAGGGCAGAAGCUGCUCCGCGAGGAGGGCCCUGAGGAGUUCCGCAACGUCAGCGACGACGAGGACAUGAGCACGCCGCAGGAGAAGGCGCUCGGCGCCAUCAUUCGCAAGAAAUACAACACCGACUUCUACGUGCUCGACAAGUUCCCCGAGGGCGCCCGGCCCUUCUACGCCAAGGAGGACCCGACCAACCGCAAGGUGACCAACGCGUACGACCUGUUCAUGCGCGGCCAGGAGAUCUGCUCGGGCGGGCAGCGUAUCAACGACCCCGUCGAGCUGGAGGCGCGCAUCCGCACCAAGGGCAUCGACCCGGCCAGCCCCGGUAUCAAGGAGUACGUCGACAUCUUCAGGCAGGCGGGCGUGCCUGCCCACGGCGGCGGAGGUAUCGGCCUGGACCGCGUGGUGGCGUGGUACCUGAACCUGCCCAGCGUCCAUCUCGCGGCUUUCUACCCCCGGACGCCGAAGAGGCUGCUCCCGUAAGGAAAGGGCUAGGUUUCUUCUUAUUCCUUGUCCCCGUUUUAGCGCUACGCCGCUGAGGCUCCGCAUCUGUCUGUCAUGUGAUAUGGCUUGUGAUGAUGAGCGUGCGAAGUAAAUAAAGGUCUUCUUAGGAAUAGACUCCUGUGUGUGACAUGUUAUCACCGGACAAAGAUAAU